AUGACAAGAGAAGAAGUUGCUGAGGGCUACCUCAAUGAGCUAAUCAACAGAAGUUUAGUUCAAGUGACAAGCGUCGCAAGAGAUGGAAGGUUCAGAACUUAUCGGAUCCAUGACCUUUGGCGUGAAAUGAUCGUUGCGAAGUCGAGAGAGCAAAACAUUGUCACAAUAGCAAGUGAAAGAGGCAGAGCGUGGGAUGAGAAAUUGCGACGCCUCUCUGUCCACCAUAAUUUGGAAGAUAUUCAGCAAAACAUUUGUUUCACUCGCCUUCGUUCUUCGCUUGUUUUCAGCGCAAUAGAUUCAUUGUCCAUGUUGUCAAAGAUGGCAUCCUUCGACGAGGGUGCAAGGCUACUAACCGUGCUAGACUUGAGAGGAGCACAAUUGGAAACAUUCCCUCCGGAAAUUGUGAAACUCUUUAAUCUUACUUAUCUAAGUUUGAGGGCAACCAACGUGAAAAUGAUCCCGAAAUCGAUCGGAAUACUUAAGAAGCUAGAAACAUUGGAUCUGAAACAAACGAAUGUCACCGAGUUGCCUGAUGAGAUCUUGAAGCUCCAACAUCUUCGCCAUCUCUUGUUGUACCGCUAUAACUACGGUGGUUCUCCCGGUGUAAUUGGUUUCAAAGCCCCGACGGGAAUAGGAAGUUUGUUGUACUUGCAGAAACUAUGUGGUAUUGAUGCAAGCCGAGGGAAUAAUAGUGGCAUUGUGCUAAGAGAGGUAGGGAAGCUAACUCAACUGAGGAGAUUGGUCAUUUUUAGGCUACAGAAGGAAGAUGAGACGGUGCUGUGUUCAUCCCUUGAGAAGCUAAACCACCUUCGGUCGUUGUCCGUUCAACCAAUGGGUUAUAACGAGAUCAUUGAUUUAGAUUCUUUGUCUUUGCCGCCUCCACUUCUUCGAAGACUCAUUCUAAAAGGACGUUUGGAGAAGAUACCACACUGGAUACCAUCUCUUCACAACCUGGCAAGUAUAUCCUUACUGUGGAGUAAGUUGAAAGAUGUUGAUCCACUGGAAUCCCUUCAAGAUUUGCCCAAUUUGCUUAACCUUAGACUUCGUGAUGCUUAUGAAGGAGAUGGAUUGGUUUUCAAGGCUGGUGGGUUUCGAAAGCUUAAGCUAUUGGGUUUGAUUGGCUUAGUAGGAUUGAAAUGGGUGAGAGUGGAGUCUAGCUCGAUGCCUCUUCUCAAAGAGCUACAUCUCCGAGACUGUAAAUUGAUGAUGGAGUUGCCCUCGGGUAUCGAACAUUUGGCCAACCUUAAAUUAAUUGAAUUGGAGGAUGAUAUGUCUGAAACAUUAAUUUCAAGCUUGAAUAGAGACUUACAAGGUGGGGACUAUUGGAAAAUUGCACACGUCCCUCAGGUUUGGAUUGGGGACUCCAAAUCUGGUGUUUACACUGGUCGUUAUCUACGAUAG